AUGGGCAAGAAAAAAGGAGGCAAUAAGAACAAGCUGGCCAAAAUGUCCGAGGAGGAACGGGCCCGGUAUUUGCAACAUCGUGCGGACAUGGAAGAGGAAGCCCGACGUCGCAAGCAGCAGUUAAUAGCAACGUUCAUGAAGAACAAACUCAAAAAGGAGGAUGCAUUCGCUCGACUCAAUUUGGCAAAAAUCAACCAAGAAUGGCGCUCGGUUUUGCGCAACAUCAAGUGCAAGGAGCUAAAAGAGGAGGUAGAAGCGGUCGAGAAGACAUGCACCGAGUGCAUCGAGAACAAGAACGCCGUUAUCAAGCGAUUGCUGUGUGAUUUAGACGAAUCCGAGGACCUUUACUCGACCAUGUUACACGCGCACAUGGAACGCGUCGAGAAGAUUAUCCGAAUCCACAACGACCGGGUAAAUUUUCUCAUGGAGCUGUACGAGCUGGACAAGCGAGAGAUCAUUGAAAACUAUCAGCGUGAAAUGGAGCUGUACAAAUCGAAAAAGUUCGAACUGCAGAAGGACCUUGAGUGCGUGUUCUACGGACUAGCUGAAAAGGCCCGCACGGAUCGCAUCCGCAAUGAGGAAGAGCACAUGCUCAAGAAAGACGAACUGAAGAACUCGAUGAUACUGAAGCUGGAGAUGAUCACGAAAGAGCGCGAACGUGAGAUGGAGCGGUUGUGGAAAGAGUUCCAACGCGUGUUGAACCUUUACCUACGCAACACGGAGGAAUACCGCAACGAGUACAACACGCUACGUGAUCAGGACUCAAGCGACACCAAGAACAUUCAGGAUCACUACGCCGAAGUCGCCAGGCUGAGCGAUCAGAUCGCGGAUCUGCGGCUGAAACUGGCCACGUUGCGAGAAGAGCACGAGUUCAACAUGAAGCAGAUGCAGAAGAGCAAAGCGGAGCUGGCACUGCGCGUGCAAAACCUCAAACAGGACAUGGAACUCGGUACGCGGCUCGACCAGGAGCAGCUGAAAACGCUUGCCGUGUACAGCAACGCCGCGAUCAAGCACCUGCAGGGUAUGCUGAAGAAAGUAAAAUCGAUCUACCAGAUAGCGAGCUUCUGCAAAAAGUACGAAACCGAAUCGGAGGACCUACUGCCGUUCGUGCGGCGCCCGGGUUCAAGCGAACUGCAACCACUGCCGGCACUCGAUCGUGCGCUUGUCCCGAGCAACGGUGAUGGCACCACGAUGGAGUCAUUCAAGCGCGAGGUCUUCGAUACGGCCGACCUGUUCGAGGGCUUCUGGAUGCGGUUCAAUAAGGCGCGCAUCGAUGUGGCGUGCCUGCGCGAGGAGAAACAGCAGCUGAUCGAGCAGAACGAGCACCUGAAGGCGCACCUCAAGGACUACCUCGUCACGGUCAACAUGAACAGUGGCGGACCGGUCGAGACGAACGAGGAUCUGCUCGCUAAACGGCCGACGUCGAUGAAGAUCGAACGGCUUGUGCGCAUCGACGAGCAGGUCGUGGUACCGGAGGGUGCCCCGAAAUCGGUGCGGUUCCGUACCAGAGGGGCGAUGAGACUUAACCGACCGGUCACCUGCAUCGAGGGUAACCUAAGUAACGCCAUCCGUAACGAGCGGUUGCUGGGUGUUCGAGCGAAAUCUUCCGGCAUCUACUCGAUGGUGCAGAACACGGCGUAA